UCUAUUCAAGGCGAAUGUCCCGCCACCAUAAGCAGAUCCCAGUGGGGUGCCAAACCAGCAACAAGUACCAGCUACAUGACCAACCCGGUUAGUUACGCCUUCAUCCAUCAUUCUGCUGGACCCGAGUGUCACGACAGAGCAUCUUGUACUGAAAAGAUCAGGCAGUUGCAAAACUAUCACAUGGAUACUCACGGUCAAUCAUCUUUUUUUUUCUAUGGCGACAAAUACGGUUGUAAAAAUAAUUGAUUUUUUAUAAGAAUGAUUAAGAUUUUAACAGAUGUCAUGAGUGACUUGAGUGACAUGAGUGACAUGAGUGACAUGAGUGACAUGAGUGACAUGAGUGACAUGAGUGACAUGAGUGACUUGAAUGACAUGAGUGACAUGAGUGACUUAAGUGACAUGAGACAUGAGUGACAUGGGUGACAUGAGUGACAUGGGUGACAUGAGUGACUUGAGUGACGUGAGGGGCAUGCACAAUAUAGAGAAAAAACUGAUGUUUUUCAGGUUGGCCUGACAUUGGAUACAAUUUUCUGAUUGGUGGAGACGGGUCUCUCUUCGAGGGGCGUGGAUGGGACAAGGUCGGCUGGACACGACAAGGUCACGGUACCGGCACUUUGGUUUUU